CGGCAACAUCAACGAUGCAUGCGACACCCGUGGCUCGUAUCCAUCGCUACGGAACGCCAUAUGGUCGACUCCGCCAUUGACGACUCAUCGUGCGUCACGCUCUCUUCCACAUUGAGAUUUUCUUUCGUUCCACUCACGACUUAGUCUAGGCUGGCUUACAGUAGCCGAGAUCACCAUGCAAGUACGCGAGCACAUCCUCUGCCAUGGCUGCCUUUCGCGACUUGACACGCAUCUCCUGAGAAGGUGCGGGCGGGCCACGUAAGCCAUGCCUCCACCGCAAGGGACGGCCAUCACAUCGAUUGUCUGGCGCAGAGCUCCUAAGUGCCAUUGCCGCUAGGGCCUGCGUGGGAAUAUGCACAGACACUUUCCCUUCAUGCCCUCAUCCGCAUUCUCAAGGCCUGCGCUACAGACCGCAGACAUGUAGGCAGCUCAUUCGCGAUUGGCCUUUCAUUACGUGAUUGCGCCAUUCGUGAUUCAUGAUCCUGGCACACCCAAGGUCGAACGCCGUCUCUAUCCGCCAAGCUUCAUCAGGCGCGAGCUCGGAUGCUGCGGAUCGAGGUGGUGGCUCCAGGCCCUCCUACGUUGCUUUGCGCUCGAGAUGUGCUCGCGCUGAUUCAUUCAUCCUUAGUCACGGCUUCAGUGGUCAGCCAGCGUACCGUGAGAGGGAGACCGAGUCAUGGUACGACAGCUGAGGUCAUCAGACUUGGUUGGACUGGAAGCAUCAAAUGAGUCGGUCAAGUCCCUAAUCCUUUUCGCCUCUCGCUCGCGAUUUCACAUGAGCUUUCUCCGAAAGUUGCGCUAAUGCGAGUCUGCGUCGG